GGUACUGCCGAAGUACUAAGGUGGUUGCGGCUUGCGACUAAGGUGGUUGGUUCUUAACCCGCGCACUCCUCAUCGAGCUGCAGCAACAGCUAGAGGCUAGAGCAACGCCGCCGCCAUCUCAAUCCUCCAACUGUUCGUUGUUCCGAUCAUUUUACCCUAGCCUCUCCCUUUCAUGAAGAAACGAUCGAAUCACAAGCGCCGCCAGGCAGAGAGCAGUUGGGCUGAAAAAUGUUGUUUCGGUUGCGCGUGCCUGCAGCUUUUCUGGCCCAAACUGGUGAUACGCAAAUGGCUCAACAUCAGCGCCAAGGAGUCCGAUUACAGCGCCGACACCGAGGAUUCCGACUCCGGUUCCGAAUCCGAUUCUGAAGAAUUUGGCGAGUUGGACUCUGAAUCGCGGUUUGGGGCUGGCAACAAAGUGGAUGGAGCUGACUUUGACCGUACUGACGCUGUUCCCAGAUUGAGAAGACGGAAGUCAGAGACAUUUAGGGCACAAUAUAUAAGCAGAAAAGAAAUCAGAGUAUGUGUUGGAACAUGGAAUGUUGGGGGAAAACUUCCACCCGAUGACCUAGAUAUUGAAAGUUGGUUGGAUAUCAGUGAACCUGCUGAUAUGUAUGUGAUCGGUUUUCAGGAGAUUAUACCGUUAAAUGCUGGAAAUAUUUUUGGUGCUGAAGAUAGCAGCCCAGUGCCGAAAUGGGAAAACAUUAUCCGUGAAGCCCUUAAUAGAAUUCGACCUGCGAGGCCAAAGUUUAAAUGCUACAGUGAUCCUCCUUCUCCAUCAAGGUUUAAACCAUCUGAAGAUGCCCCAGAUAUAGAAGAUGAAAUAGUUCUUGAAUCUGGCAGUGACGUUGAGGAGGAAAUCUAUCCAUUGACUGGAGAACCCAAUGGUUUAGAUGAAAUAAUGGAGGAAACAUUUACAGGAAAAAAUGUGUUUAUGAAUACUGAUGCUUCAGUCUCUUGUUAUGAUGCACCUAUGGGCAUGCCACUUCGGCAAGAUUUGGAGAUACAAUUUUCUUCUACAAAGAGGCUGGGCAGGUUGAACUGCCUUAGAACUGAAGAUUGUAGAGGAAAGAGAGAAAUACUACUUUCUCAAUGUAAUUGCAAAUUACUGAAAACUCUCAGUGGGACAGAAAGGAUUGGUUUGAGUUGGCCAGAGCCACCAUUGGAUCUGCUGUCCAAGCAUGAUUUAGAGAGGCCCAAUUCAUUUAAGUCAGUUAGAUCUUUUAAAGCUUCCAAAUCUUUUGGAGCGUAUAAUUCCUUUAAGUUGUCUACAGCCAAUGAUAGAAAAGUACAAUCAGAGGCAGCAUUACCUGCAGAACUUGACCUUGAAUCACUCAUGUACCGGAAAAGAAGACCCCAAUUUGUAAAAAUAGUUAGCAAGCAAAUGGUUGGAAUUUUUCUCACAAUAUGGGUUCGCAGGAGCUUGCGUCGGCAUAUUGAAAAUUUAAGGGUGUCUACUGUUGGUGUUGGUGUUAUGGGCUUCAUAGGCAACAAGGGCUCCAUAUCUGUGAGCAUGUCUAUAUAUCAGACACUAUGUUGUUUUAUAUGUACUCACCUAACAUCAGGUGAAAAAGAUGCUGAUGCAGCUAAAAGAAAUACAGAUGUUCAUGAAAUACGUCGAAGGACUCAGUUUCAUUCACUUUCAACAAUUGGACUUCCCAAAAGUAUUAAUGAUCACGAGAGAGUUAUCUGGUUUGGUGAUCUAAAUUACCGCAUCAGUUUGUCAUAUGAGAAAACUCAAGAGCUGAUCUCCAGAAAAGAUUGGGCAAAGUUGGUUGAGAGUGACCAGCUUAUAAGAGAGCUUAGGAAAGGUCAUGCAUUUGAUGGAUGGUCUGAAGGCACUUUAAGUUUUCCACCAACAUACAAAUAUGAGAUAAACUCAGAGAAGUACUAUGGGGAGGAUCCAAAGGUUGGGAGGCGUACUCCAGCAUGGUGCGAUCGUAUUCUUUCUUUUGGGAAGGGAAUGAAAUUAUUAAGCUACAGGAGAUCAGAGCUUAGGAAUUCUGAUCAUCGACCUGUUAUGGCCUCGUAUGUGGUGGAAGUUGAGGUGUUUUCUACUAGGAAGCUUCAACGUGCCCUCACAUUUACUGAUGCAGAAAUUGAAAAUCAAGAUGUAGCAGACAGGGAUUGAUGUUUUGGAGGGGAUGCAUCUGAUUGGGAAGCAUUAGGAGGCCUUAAUUUCUAGCAAACUUUGAAGAUCCUGUGAUUGAGGAAUUAUAUGAUUUCUGGAACUCUCUCUAUUGCUACUAUACCAUGCCUUCCAUUCUUUUGAAUCUGGAACUUCUCAGUAAUCGAGGUUGUACAUUGAUGUGCCUAAAUGUCUCUGUAUGUGUCUUUGGCUUGUAGCCUCAAGGAAUAAUUAGUCUCUUUUCCAGUCAGUGUACAUUAAUGUAGACUUUGUUAACGAGGGACAUUAUGCAUGUGACAGCAGCAGUUGUUCAAGGGAUUUUGCAUCUUCAGUGUUCCAUGAGGACUUGUACUUCAGCCUUGGUUGUAGGGGUUUGAAUAAGUAGCUCAAUGGCAGGCUUGAGAUGGUUUUAUAAGGAUUUAUAUUACAAUAAUUUUUAUUAAUUUCCCUGAGGUGUUUUUGUCUUUGCUCUGUUUAGAAAAGAUGUCAGAAAAUAGAGGGAGAAGAAGAUGAACAAGCAAGAAGAAAAGACUUCCUGGAUGGUGAAUUUUUGUAAUGUUUAUAGUUCUAGACUGGUGAAAAUGUAAUGUGAUAUUAAUGUCAAAAGUUUCAGCACUGCUAUCAUGGUCCGUGCAAUAAUGAUAUCCAUUGACUUGUAAACUCAUUUCUCUUGUAACC